UUGUUUCCCUAAUAUUGGUUCAUUAUGAUAGUCAGUGGCUUGGUACUGCUGGCAGUUCUUGCAGGACUAGCACAGAGCAAAGAGCCACAGGAAGGAGAUCCUUGUGUGACUGAUAUUCUCUGUGCAAAGGUGGAGAUUGUUGAUGAGAAGAGAAACAUUUGUACCUCAUGCUCAGGACCAAAUGUAUGCAAGUUUACAAGGAUAAUCAAGAAAUCUUACGAGAUCGGUAGCUAUGAGAAAAAGUGCAACACUUAUCUUUGGUAUCCAGGAGAACUGUGCAGCUUAGAGUGUGUGUCAACAGAGUCCUGUAAUGCGACGAGCUACACCCAGUCUAUAGACUAUGAGUGUUGUCCUGGGUUUGAAAUCAGUCGUCCAACAAACAGCUACCACUUGUUUGUCUAUCACUAUCUCUCUGGGUAUUACUUAACCUAUUAUGGAUGUCCCAUGGAACUCAAUGACUCAGUUGUUGCCUGUCUUGAAGAGCUUGGUCUAUCUGAGAUGAUCGCUUUGCUUAAGAAAGCAGAUCUACUUGACACUUUCUCCAACAGUACUUCAGAAUUCACAGUCUUUGCUCCUGCAAAUAGAGCCAUAAUGAAUUCUGAUCUGUCAAAAUUAAAUGGGACUGAGUUAGAGACAGCUCUAUUAGCCCAUGUCCUGAAAGGGGUACUCAAAUCAAGAAAUUUUAUAGCUAAAAGCAGUCUAGAGAGCUUGGCAAGAGGGCACUAUAUCCACAUUCAUAAUACAUGGAGUUGGAUAACUCAGAGAAACACUUAUAUCAACGGUCGACAGUUAAUUGAGCCUGAUUCAUGUCAAGCAAUGAAUGGGAUCAUUCACAGGAUCGAAAAUGUCAUUAAGAGCACUGAUGACUCAAUAGUAACCGUAAUAGAAGAUACAACCACAUUCUCCAUGAUUUCUCAACUCCUGGACAAGGCCGAACUAAAACAGAAUCUCAAUUAUUCUGCUGGUGUCUUCCUCACAACAUUCUUUGCUCCUACAGACGCCGCAUUUGCUAAAGGUAGCUCUGAACUAGGCAUCGACCUCGUAUCCUGUCUCGCCGAUCCCGAGAACAACAACAUUCUACAAACAUUCCUCAAAUACCACAUGGUCCGUGGUGCUUUUUAUUCCUCCAUGCUCUCGUUUCAAACAUCACUCAAGACUGAAGUAUGCAACAACAUUCCUCUUCCUCCUCCUAAAACGCUAUCUGAUGAGCCACUGCCUAUAAUCAACUGUCAUCUCAAUGUGUUGUUUACAGACAGUGGCAUUAGUGUUGGGAUGACUGGGAGUAUUAUCAAUCAGGCUGAUAUACCAGCUAGUAAUGGAGUCAUUCAUGCUGUCUCUUUGCCCCUCGUUCCGCCUACAAUUGACCUAAAAGAAACAUGCAAAAAUCAUAUGAUGGCUCAUAAUUGAUUCCUUUUUGUUUUUGAAUGGUUUUUUUGUCAUUUA